AUGGGAGAAAUUGUCAACAACUUCGGAAGCUUCUACAAAGACCUCGCCAGCAACAGGCAGCUCUGCUGGAUUGGACCAGAGAAGGGUGCUGUGCACUUGUCCAUAGCUGCUGUCCAGCUGAAUGCUCUGUGGGCCAAGCGAGAGGGAAAGUGUAUGUGGAAGUUACUAGUCAAGAUGGAUGCCAAACAAUUACUGUGCUGCAUGGAUUUCAGGUAUAUUACUGAUGGGCUAACAGAUGAAGAAGCUUAUGAACAGCAAAUGCAGAAGCAUGGAUAUAUGGCUUGCACAAGAUCCUGUGCCUGGCUGGGCUACUCAGACCAGCAGUUAAAACAGCUAUGUUCAGAAGCCUUGAGAGAAGGCUGGACUAGGUUCAAAGUAAAGGUGGGUGCAGAUCUGCAGGAUGAUAUUUGCAAAUGCAGAUUUAUAUGAGAAAUUAUUAGUCCAGACAAAAUCCAGAUGCUGGAUGCAAACCAACAAUGGGAAAUAACGGAAGCGAUAGAGUGGGUCACUAAACCAGCUGAGUUUAAACCCUCGUGGACUAAGGAGCCAACUUUUCCAGAUGAGGAUAUGCAUGACUGGAUGGGACGUGCAACCAUUUCAAAGGCCUUAGCACUGCUAGGAAUUGGUGUGGCAACCAGAGAACGCUGCCACAACAGAGUCAUCUUUAAACAGCUUCUACCAGCGAAGGCCUUGAGUUAUCUCCAAAUUGACAGCUGCAGGCUGGGAAGUGUGAAUGAAAACUUGUCUGCGCUGCUGAUGGCCAAAAAUUUCCAGAGUAAGUACGGACUUGGGGGGGGUCUCUGUGAAUUAGUUCAGCACUUGACAAUAUUUGAUUAUAUCCCAGUAUCUGAAGGCCUUGAAAGCAGAUGUUGCUCCAUGGUGGUCACAGCACGCAUUUGUCUUGUUACCCUACAAGCCCACCUACCUGUGGGCUACGAAGGGAAGUUACAAGUGCGGAUUAAACUUCAAGCAGGUGAAAGCCAAUAG